AUGCCCCCGAGGAGUCCUUUGAAGAUUGCCGCUGGUGGGGGGCGGCGGGAGAUCAUUCUCAUAAAGGAGCCAAAGAAGAGUAAGCGGCAGAGGGCUGCGUCUGUUGGUGGUGGUGGUGCUGGGAGUGGGGCGGCUGGCGCAGCAGUCUGUGCACAGGGGCAAGCUGUGGUCAGUGGUGGUGCUCAUGCAGGGGAGCCGCAGCAGAAGGAGCAGGAGGAGCUGAAGAAGCAAGAGGGGCACGAUGGGGAGACGCAGAAGAGGCAGGAGGAGGAGAAGAGGCGAGAGGAGCAGGAGAAGCAGAAGGAGGAACAGGAGGUGAAGCAGGAUGAGCAAGGGGGUCUGAUGCAGCAGAGUAGAACGUCAGCAGUGGCACAACAGCAGCAGCAGGAACAGGUCCGUUCACAGGCGCAGGGAAAAGGCUUUAUGAUCGGGGAGUAUACUAGGCUGAAACGGCCUUCCAGCAGUGGUGGCACCGGUGGCUGCGGUGCCGGCGGUGAUGGCAGCGGUUCUAUUUAUAGCGAAGGGAGCACGCCAAGCAGCCCAAAGGGCACGUUCACCAAGGCCGGCGGGCUGUCCCUCCCGCGCACGGGUUUCACCGACGCGUCCUUCAAUGCAUCAGUGUCAGGCGCGUGGCAGCAGUUCAGCCGCUCCCUGCGCCUGCUCUCCCCCUUGGACCUCUGCGGUGCCCCUCCCCAGCCCUUGAGGGGAGGCCGAGCAGGGGUGCGGUUCUCUGCUCUUGAAGGGUUUAGAGGGCUUGCGGGAGGAGCAGUGGGCGGUGGGGGAGGGGGGGGAUCGGAGGUUGAGAUGGAGUGGAGGGAGAGGCUGUUGGAGAGGAGAAAGGAGGGGGGGUUCAAGCGGUCGUCUUCACUGAGCGAAGCAGAGGCGUUUCAGCAGCUGGGGCUGUAUGGGUUGGACGAGGAGGGGUAUGGCGGGCAGGAUGGGGCAGGGAAGGAGCGGGGUUGGAGUGCCAGUGAGGGGAUGAGAAAGGGUGGUGUUGGCGGCACUGGGAUUGGUCUUGGUCUUGGCUUAGGAGUGGGGCGCAGCUCGAGUAGCAAGUCAGCGGAGGAGAGUGCUUCUGCUGGUGCUGCUAUGGCUGCGUCUCCUGCUUCUGCUUCUGCCGUUGCAGGCGCUGGUGGUGCGAGUUCUGGUGGUUUCAGCGCUGUUGGUUUUGGUGCUGGUGGCGACGUGCUAGGCUUUCUGUCGCGCGGGUUCGGAGGCAGUAGCAGGGCAGCAGGAGGGGCGGUGGGAGCAGGGGGGCGGGUGCAGCAGCAGCAGGGUAGUGGGGGUGCGGGACUGGCAGCAUGCAUUGGCGGUGCAGCAGGCAGCGCGGGGAGGAUGGGAGGAGGGGCUCGGAAUGAUGAUGACGAUGAUGAGUCGCUGCUGCUGGGUUACACGAGGAUUGAUGUGGAUGGUGUCUCUGUGGGCGAGUCAGAGAGGGGUGGGGUGGAUGAGGAGGAGGGUGUGGGAGGUGCACUUGGGGUGGGCGUGGGAGUGGGAGCGGGGAGAGCAGGCAUGGGUGCAGCUGGUGCAAUGGCGGCGAAUUCGGUUGAUGUGAGUGGAGGGCACUUGGGUGGGUACGCGUACGCCUGCCAGGCUCCCAUUGUCUCUCUCGCCGACCGCCCAUCUGGUUCAGUUUCUCUUCCCAUCUCUCCCGCUAGUUCCUCCAAAUUCCGUUCCGGUUUCCUGCAUCUUUCUCCCUUUCUCUCUCCCCCUUUUCCCCCCCUGUGCCGCGCAUACUCCCAUGUGUGGUGUUGCCCUGCUAGCAGCCGUCGUCUGACUCCUUCACCUCAACUGGGCUACGGCACAAUAGGCUGUGUCUGCUCGUCGCUGUGUUGA